CAUUCUGUCUCGGUUUUCAUUCUGUUCUCAGAACUCGGGGAGUUCGUGUCGGAUAUUAAACUAUACUUUAAUUUUUCCUGUAUAUAGAUGAAUUAAUUCAUUCUAAUGAAUAUUUAUAACGAAAGUGUUAUUGAAAGACUGAAUAAGAAAACAAUUGAAUGUAAAGGUGCUUUUUCUUCUUUACAUGGCCGUGAAGGGAAAAGAAACAAAUUACCUCAUGGAUCUGAUUACUGCAGAUUCUCUACUGAUUUCUCUGAAAUUUGUGUAAUUUUCAAAACUCAUAAAUUAAAAAACUUACACCCCGCCCAGCGGUUAACCGGCGUUGAUUUUUUUAAGUUUGUCAAAGUUUUAUAAUUGAAAUUAAAAUAAAAAAACAUUUAAAUCCAAAGUGUUAAAUUAGUGAUCAUUGUUCGCAAAUAUAUAUAUAUAUCCUUCAUGUUUAAAGCUAAAUAUCCAAAAUACACAUCCCUUUGUGUCUAUACUAAAAAGUGAAACGAGUUUAACAAAAUGUCAACAGCUCUUCUUGCUGUUUUUGCCGUGAUUCUUUGUAUUUUAUUCAGAAUUUUAAAUGUUAAUAGUGCAGCACAAAAACCAGCAUUAAUAUGUAAGGAUCAAACAUUUCUCACAACAGUUUUAAAAAUUGCUCCUGUUAUCACUGAACCUUAUAAACCAACCAGAUUAUGGGGGUUCAGUGGUCACGUGCAAACAAUUGUUCAUAGUAUAAUUGGAAGAGUGCGAUGUCCGUGGCCUAUAGGAGAACGAGUUUACAUUGGUUUACCAGAUGAAACUACACUUACCUAUGACCUCUACGAGCCAUUAACUACCGGUCAUGAAGAUGACGUGACAAUUGCAAUUUGUCCAGGAAUAGGAAAUAGUUCAGAAAGUGUCUACAUACGAACAUUUGUACACUUUGUUCAAUGUCAUGGUUAUAGAUGCGCUGUACUUAAUCAUGUCGGUGCUCUCUCUAGUGUAAAAGUUACUGCACCCAGAAUAUUUACAUAUGGUCACACUGAUGAUUAUCAUGUAAUGCUUCAGGACUUAAUAGAAAAACAUUCGGAAACAAAAAUAGUUUGUAUAGGAUUUAGCUUAGGAGGAAAUUUAGUAACCAAAUACAUGGGAGAGAGAGGCUCUAAUAAAAUGUCACAUAUCAUUGGUGGCAUUUCCGUUUGUCAGGGUUACAAUGCCAUUGAAGGUUCAAAAUUUUUAUUAAAUUGGCAAAAUUUUAGACGUUUUUAUCUGUACGUCAUGACGGAAUCUGUUAAAAAUAUCAUACUGAAACAUAAACAUGUUCUUCUAUCCGAAGAGGUUAAGCAGAGGCAUGGUUUAAUUGAGAAAGAUAUCGUAUCAGCCGCAACAUUACCAGAAUUAGAUGAAGCCUAUACGAGAAAGGUGCACAAUUUUAGAUCUGUGAAAGAUCUUUACAAAUGGAGUAGUUCUGCAUUUUAUCUUGACAAUAUUGCAACACCAAUGGUGUUCAUUAAUGCUGUCGAUGAUCCAAUUGUUCCUGAAUUGUUGCUAAAUCCUAUUAAAGAUUUUGCUGCUAGACAUCCAAGUUCCUUGUAUGUGGAGUUGGCACAUGGUGGUCAUUUGGGAUUUUACGAAGGCGGUCUUCUUUAUCCAAAUCCAAUAACCUGGUUGGAUCGAACACUUGUUUCUCUUGUUGGAGCUCUGACAUUAGCAAACGCCGACAGAGAAUUGAAAACUUCUUAACUGUAUAGUUAAUAUUUAUUCAACCAAAUUAAAUUUUCCAAUUUAUGGGGAAAACAUCAGGUAAAAUCUAUAAAUGCUCUAGCGCUUAAGCGACUCGAGUUGAGAUUUCUCUGCGAAAGUGACUGAAAUUGAAAAAAAAAAAUAGUGCUACGGUUAGUUACUAGAGUCUAGAGAAGGAUAGAGAUCUUAAAAGAAUGAAUUUUAACAAAAUUAAAAGUAAACGUUUUAUUUUUACUUUAUCGCACUUUCAUAUACAAAAAAAAAAAAAUAUUUAUAUUUGUAAUUAAAAUGAAAUUUUUUCUUUCUAUUUUGAAUUAAUAAGAUCUCUAUUUGGGUAAAUUUGUUUCUAAAAGAAGGCAUUGUCACGCGAGAAUUGUAUAUUAAUGAAUAUACAAAACACUCAUAUAUAUGUAAUUCUGCUCAAUGCAGCACAUAUUUUUGCAAACUAUAAAAAAAUUAAAUUUACAGGAAAAUAAUUUUUACAGAGUUGUUAUCGUGACUCGACAUCUGUGGAACGGAAUCGUGUCGCUUAAAAAAAAAAAAAAAAAAGAAAGAAAGAAAAAAAGCAAGGUCUUGUUAGGGUUUUUGUAUUUGUAGCCAUUUUAUUUCAUAUAUGCCAUGAAUUAUUAUUGAAAUUUAUUUAAAUAGUUAAGUAAUAAUGAGUUUAUUUUGUUACCAAAAGAUAUAGAUAAUUUAAUUUCAUACAAUUUGAUUUUGCUUUAAAAAAGAAAAUAAAAAUUCUAUUUUCAAAAAUUAUUAUUUCUACAUCGAAAAAAGAUUCAGCGAAUGUUAAUCUAUCUAGGAAUCUACUUUGGUAGUGACUUAGAUAAAUUGAUUUUUCUACAAAAAAAAAGUCAUGUGAUCCUUGUAUACUGUAUAAGUAGAAAAAGGAAUAGGAAUGCUAGUUUAUUGAAAAAAAAAAAAAAAAAAAACGGUGCGUUUAUACAUAUUUUAUAAUGGUAAGACAAAACUUCCUUCUAAAUAAGAAAAAAAACUAAUAGUAUUUAUUUUAAUUAGAAUUAACGUAUGUGAUGUUUAUAUUAUCUCGCCUCAGCGCUGUUUGAUGACGCGCAAUUUGAUUAUAUCAAUAUUUAAGUAAACUCGUUGACACUUAGGGAUUUUUUAUUCAUCUAGAUGAUAUACUCGGAUAUUUACAGUAUUAAAAAGAAAAUUACAAGAGCAAUUUAAAAUAGGGGGCCAAGAGUGUGAAACUUUUGAAAAAAAAAGAAUUUUCAAACACAAAAAAAAAUUAUAUUUCUUUCAUUCGAAAUCGAUUUAUUUUUUAAAGAUUAAUAAAUACUUUCUGAUUUAUUUUUUUUUCUUUUAUUAAUUUAAUUAAUUAA